AUGUCGACGGAGGCCAUUCCCAUCAUGGUGACCGGAAAGCCCCAGCUCGUCGCGCACCCCGAUCUCCCGCGGCGGCUGCUCAACGGUGUCCGGCCCAAGUACGAGAUCGCGCACUUCUGCUUCAGCGCGGAGGCGUUCGCGGACGAGUUCCCGAAGGUCAUAAAGGGGGAGAGCUAUGCAGUGUCGAGCGGGGUAGGAACGAAUGUCGGGUCGGAGGUUUGGAAGAGGAGGCUGAUGAAGACGGGUGCAGCGAGCCUGAGGAAACCCAAAGCAUCUGUGGUCGGCGGGGGUAUGACCGACGAGGAGUUCGAGCAGAUGAAGUCGGUGGAGGGCGCGGACCAGAUAAAGUGGGUGCGCAUCCCGACGGACACGAUGGACAGGUUGGGGCCCGCCCUCGAGGGGUUGGAGAACGAUAUCGUGAAGUGGUUGGACGAGCUUGACAUUCAGUAG